UGCUCGGCUCACAAAUAUACGCUUCCUGCUCAGAAGCGGAUUCUUUGGCCGUGACGGUGCUUGUCUUCUCUUGCGCCCUAAAGGAUGGCACCCCAACGUCCAAGACCUUUGAGCACGUGACCAGCGAAAUUGGAGCGGAGGAAGCUGAGGAAGUCGGCGUGGAGCACUUGCUGCGCGACAUUAAGGAUACCACAGUGGGCACACUUUCCCAGCGCAUCACCAACCAGGUCCACGGUUUGAAGGGACUGAAUUCCAAGCUCUUAGACAUCAGGAGCUACUUGGAGAAAGUGGCUGUGGGGAAGCUUCCCAUCAACCACCAGAUCAUCUACCAGCUCCAGGAUGUCUUCAAUCUGCUGCCAGAUGUCAAUCUGCAAGAAUUUGUCAAGGCCUUUUACCUAAAGACCAACGACCAGAUGGUGGUGGUCUACCUGGCCUCUCUCAUCCGUUCUGUGGUUGCACUCCACAACCUCAUCAACAACAAGAUUGCCAAUAGGGAUGCUGAGAAGAAGGAGGGGCAGGAGAAGGAGGAGAGUAAGAAGGAGCGGAAAGACGAGAAGGAGAAGGAAAAGGAAAAAAGUGAGGCCAAGAAAGAGGAGAAGAAGGAGAAGAAGUAGCAGUAGUCAUCGUCGUCAGGUUUUGUAUCUGUAAAUUAAAAACUUUACACUGCA